AUGGGUUUGCAUAAUUUGAUCUUCUUCGUAUUAGUUCUAGUUUUUUUCUUAGUUGUUUUGGCUAACGGAGAAGGAGGAAUUUUCAAAGUUGAGCACAAAUUUGGAAGUGAAGCCAAUAGAUCUCUUAAGGAUUUGAUAGUUCAUGAUAAUAAUCGCCAUGGAAGACUUCUUGCUGGUAUUGAUAUUCCUUUAGGUGGUGAUGGUAAAGCUACUGGAACCGGACUUUACUACACGAAACUUGCAAUUGGAUCUCCUCCAAGAGAUUAUUUUCUCCAUGUAGAUACUGGCAGUGACAUUUUAUGGGUUAACUGCGUCCAGUGUGAUUCAUGUCCUGCAUACACCGACCUCGAUGAUGUGACUCUGAAAUUAUAUGACCCAAAACUUUCUUUAACGGCAGAAUUAGUUCCAUGUAGUGGUGGGUUUUGCCCUGGAAUUUACAAAAGCCCCCUUCCUAGUUGUUUAUCUGAUAGCACUUGUCCAUAUGGUAUUCAAUAUGGAGAUGGAAGUGGAAGUACUGGAUACUUUGUUAAAGAUGUUAUUGGACUUGAUCAAGUUUCUGGAAAUCUUCAAACAACCAUUGGGAAUUCAAGUAUCAUAUUUGGGUGCGGGAUGCGACAAACAGGAAAUCUUGCCUCAUCCACUGGAGCCCUCGAUGGUCUAAUUGGUUUUGGUGCUUCAAGUAUAUCCAUGCUUUCACAAAUAGCUUCAUCCGGGAAAGUGAAGAAAAAAUUUGCUCACUGCUUAGAUGGUAAAAAUGGUGGAGGAAUAUUUGUCAUCGGAGACGUGAUGCAACCACUACUAGAAACAACACCAUUAAUCCCAAAAGCGCUACAUUACAAUGUGAAUCUAGAAUCCGUUCAAGUUGGUAAUACCGUCCUAAAUGUUCCAACACAAGCAUUCGAAGUUGGGAAAGGAACAAUUAUCGAUAGUGGUACAACUUUGGCAUAUUUUCCAGGAGUGAUUUUAGAUCCAUUGAGACGAUUGAUUUUAACUAGCCAGGACAACUUGAAUAUACACCUUGUUGAUAAUCUCAUCGAGUGCUUUACAUUCGACAAAAGCAUUGAUGACUCAUUUCCAGUAGUCAUUUUUGGUUUUGAAAAUUCUCUCAAACUAAAGGUUUACCCUCAUGAUUAUUUGAUACCGUAUAAAAAUAAAUGGUGUUCUGGCUGGCAAGAUAGUAGAAAAUUAAAAUCCGGUUCAAUGAGUGACUUGAUCAUCUUAGGAGGUAAUUUUCGUUUUUGA